GGUUCACGCAUGCGCACUCCGCCCCGUGAAGCACUAAAUGCGUCAACUUGUUUUUCUGAGUUUCUCCUCAAAGUGUCUGCAGGAAAUGAGCGAAGAUGAAUGAGGAUGCGUUCGAGGUCCCGGAGAGGACCGAGUACCGCUACCUGGUGCAGGAGGAGGAUGAGGAGGAGGUGCAGUACGUCCACCACAGAAACUACAUCAACCCCCUCCUGGUGCUCUCCCGCCGCUGCAUCAUCCUCAUCUGCCUCGGCGUGCUCGCCCUGCUCUCUAUCGCCACCUACCUGGGCUACGUGGCCCAGACGCUGCCGCCGGGCGUCGCCGAGGUGUCGACGCACUGCGGAGACUUCAGAGGACGACAGAAGAACGGUGCGUACUCCUUUAAGGGGAUGCCCUACGCCGCCGCCCCUGUUGGUAACCUGCGCUGGGCUCCUCCGGCCGAACCGACGUGCAAGAGUGUGACGUCCGACGCGGGCCGCUUCGGCAGCGUGUGCCCUCAGGUGCGGCCGCUGCAGAGCUCGGGGAAGCUGAUGGGUCAGGAGGACUGCCUCUUCAUCAACGUGUGGACGCCCACGCUGCAGCCCGACGCCAAGCUGCCCGUCAUGGUCUGGAUCCACGGAGGCUUCCUGCACAUGCUCAGUGGAGGAGAGGAAGGCUACUCUCCCACAGAGAAGCUUGCCGCCGACACGAGAAUGGUUUAUGUCAGCUUCAACUACAGACUCAACGCCUUCGGCUUCCUGGCUCUGGAGAUACUGAGAGAAGGUUCUCCAACGAACACCUCAGGGAACUAUGGCUUCAUGGACCAGAUCGCGGCUCUGAAGUGGGUCCAGAGGAACAUCCACGUGUUCGGUGGAGAUCCUGGGAGAGUCACCAUAUUUGGGCAGAGCUCAGGUGGGACGUCAGUGUGGACCCUGAUGAUGUCUCCGCUGGCGAAGGGUCUCUUCCACGCGGCGGUGGACAUGAGUGGUUCAUACGUCUACAACGCCACACUGAAACAGGCCGAGUCCGACAACCUGGUGUUCCUGAAUAAGACGGGCUGCAGAGACCUGAGCUGCCUCAGACGUCUGCCCGUCAAAAAGAUCCUGCAGGCCGUGCCAUGGCAGGAGUACCCGUCCUGGGCAGCAGAAGAGCUGACGGACCUCCCCAUUAAAGGGCAUUUCAUCGGGCCGGUCGCAGUGGUGGACGGAUACGUUCUCGAAGCUCCGCCUUUCGCGGUGUGGGAGAAGAAUGGUAACCACAGUGACGUUCCUUUUGUCAUCGGGACGACAGAGCAGGAGGCUGACUUCAGCCCCUCGGCUGGAAACAUCUCCACAUGGACCUGGGGGGACUACCAGUGGUUUGUGAAAGAUAAACUUCAGUCCUUCAGUGAGAAUCUAACCAAAGAGGCGUUGGAGCUGUAUCCGAGCUCCGAGCCCUGCCCCACCACAGACCGCUGUCCAGAGCGGUCCUACACCACCAUGGUGUCCGACAUCAGGGUCACCUGCCCCAACAACGACCUCGCCGGGAGGGCUGCAGCGGCUCUCCACAGUCCCGUGUACCGAUACGUGGUCACGCACACGCCGUCCGGGCCGGUCAACGUGACCAGCGACCUGCUGCCGUUCCCCAGCCGCUUCUCCUUCCACUGUCUGGACGUCGUGGCUUUCUUCGGAGGGCUGGAGUCCGUCCUGCGGAAACCGCUCUCUGACAAAGACAAGAACUUCCAGGAGCUCAUCAGACGCCACCUCGUCAACUUCGCCAGAACAGGUAAGAUGAAGGCCGAGUGGCCAGAAUACCCAGCAGCCACUGCUCUCCUGUCUGGCAGCCUGACGGUGAAGCAGGACUACAGGGCCGAUCGGUGUCGGCUGUGGAGGGAGAACGGCCUGUACGCCUACGCCUGGAUGAACUGAACGUUCGUCUAAAGCGUCACCAGACUUCAUGAAAGGCUUUGUUACACUGAAGUGACGUCGGCUUGAAUCCCGCAGCAGCUAUUUGACUAAAUAUCUCUGUGAACUUAAAGGGUGAGUUCACCAAACCUCACGUAACCUCCGGUGGAUUGAUCUCAUAUUUUUUAUAUUCUUGUGGAUCAGAGGUGACAAAACAUAAUUGUAUCCUUAUUUUAUGGUAUUAAAUUGGCAAAAACCUCUUUUACAUUUAUCGGAAGUUAAAUUAGAGGAACUGCUUUCACCCAAAAAGUACCUGGAUGUGUUGCUCUCAUCUUUACCCACUUCUGAAUCCCCUGUGAUGUGGUGAAGGUCUGUGAGCUGGAUUUUGUUGCUAAGAUGAGGAAGGUAUGAUAUAGUUGAGUAAGAAUCAGGAAUAUUUCAAAUCCAUAACUAUGUAGUUUUCUCCCCCGUCUGUGGGUCAGUAUUGAUGCACAAUCUAUGUCUCUUCCUCUUAUGCGUGAAGUCAAGCAGCAGACGUUCAGUGACGAUGUACAAACAUUAACGGCCCGUUUCAGGAUGAGUUAAAUAAGCAGAAAUAGGUCUCUGUUUAUAACACAGGACGUUUAUUCUUUGCUGGACGCUUAAAAAAGAAUUUGAGUCAUAAAUUAAGAGUUUACAGCACUGAACUCACCAGUGUUGGGCUAAUUACUCAAAAUAUGUAAUUUAUUACUCAUUACUCUUCUCAAAAGUAAUAUUAUUACGUUGCUUAUUACUCCUUGCCGACAGUAAUUAGUUACAUGACUAGUUAUAUUACUUUUCUGCUACUUUUAAGUUACUUAAGAUUCUUUAUUAAACAGAUUUUAUUAGUAAUUUUAAGUGACAUUAACUUACAAGUUAAGUGAAGUUCCAGAAAUAUUCCUGAUGAAGUACUUUUUACUAGUGAUUUUGUUUUCACAGUACAAAUCAAAAUUACAAAGAGAAGUCAGUGUUAAGCUACUUGAUCAGAAAUGUUUUUUAACUUGUGUGUAUUUAACUUAAAAUUGUCAAUUUAAUCUGUUUAAACAAUUAUUUUAUUCAAAUGAAUUCAUCUGGUUUUCCACACAAAAUUAGUAAUUUGUCCUUUCGCCCCAAAUUUCAGAUUUACGACUAUUAAAAUCUAGUAUUGUUUGUUAAAAUCAGAAUAAUGUGAAUGUUUCCAUCUUCCAAACUAGUUUCUUCCACGAUUACAAACAUUAAUCUGAGGAUGUGAUUGGAUGGUUGGAUUAAGGAGGGGACAGCAAAAGUAAAGUAAAAGUUUUUUUUUAAGGAAUAACUGUAUGUAAUUAGAUACACCACUAGUUACUGAAGAAAGUAAUACUAGUAAUGAGUUACUGCCCAACACUGACCUCUAGAGGUGAGUGAGAAAGUGACCCUUUAACAAGCUGGAGGUCCGGAUCCUAAAGGGACUGAAGAUCUUUAGCUUGAAAGAAACCUCUAGACCAAAGAGAUCGACUGUACAAGGACGGGUGAAGCGUCCUAAUUAGAAAGUAACAUUACAUAGAGGAAGAGAGUUAACUAGAAUAUUUAAAGGAGUAAUCGGUAAGUUGAAGUCAAUACAAACACGGUGAGUUUGAACCCUCUGAACAUAGUUUUAAAAAAAUCAGCUCAAACUUAAAACUUUUUUGUUGCUUUUUUGAGUGAAGAACAACUUUUCUGCUUCAGGGAUUCAGGAGGGAAAUCGAGUCACGUGCUGGUGAAACUAUAGAUUAUAAUAAAGAUCAUAAUAAAGAUCAUAAUAAAGAUUAUAAAUUCAGGGAAAUGUUUGAAGUGAGGAGGGAACGUGAGCUACGUAAGGUUUAACCUGUGAAUGUGCCGCUCAGUCACAGGGCGUAUGUUUUGUGAAGCUGUGCAGUCCUGCUGUUUGCACUGAUUAUAACCUCGAUGCUUGGCCACUCAAGUCUUUGCACUUUGCUGUGAACACUUUGUAUUACAGUUAUAUGUUUGAUUGCAGUCACAGUGGGAACCUUUUUCAUUCCAGAUGUUCAUGCUUUAUGUUUAUUAAACCGAAGUGAAUCACAUGUGUUUGUUUACUUUUAUUAUGCUUCAUUUGUACUGGCAUCACGCUGUAAUGUGUGUGUGAUCACUCUGUAUAUGAUCAAUAAACUGACAAUAUGUGAAUGAUUGGUUUUAAUAA